GCCUCACAAGGAACAUCCCAUUCGACUACCUCUGUAGCUCGCUCGAGACGACAACGACACCCUUCUGGAAGCUUGGGACAUUUUCUGGAUCGCACGAUCAGACCAGCCCAUACUGAAAGGAACUUUGCUAUUGUGAACAACGAUAACGGAGAACGGGUAUCGGUACUUGGGAAGACGAAGGGAUCACUGUAGGGAAGAGGAAGCAUAUUGCCCCGAGGGAUCUACCGAAGGAGAGGGGGGAAGGAAAGCAAAGGACAGAUGCAAUGAUGCGGAAUAAGACCUCGUCUUCGUUGCAGAAGACAUAUGAUGAGUGUUAUCUACACUGCUCUACUGCUGUAUUCUUUGAAGGGAAGGUAAGGCCCCUCUGCCUUCUCUCUCCCCCGCCGUCCUCAAUUCCUUCCAUUCCCUCUCUUUCUCCACACACGCACAUGGAUCCAAACUCGUGCUAACUCCUAUAUCUACAGGGUAACGAACAAGAAGCCCUCCGAUCAUGGCGCGAAGGUCUAGACAAGAUAUACUACCACAAUGCCUACCGCGUCCCCGCUGGCUAUGUCCCUAAAUCCGAAACGGAAAAAGCGUUGAAGGAUAGCCUGGGGAGGAUGGAGAUACAGUGUAAAGAGAGGGUUGAUUUACUGGUUGCUCUCAAGGCUUCAAGAGAAGAGGCAGCUGGUGGGAAGGAGGAAGGGUCUGGUGUGAAGAUUACAAAGUCUGCGAAACCGACUCCUAGACCGUCGGAGGAGAGGCAGAGGGGUGAUGGAUUUAUCGGCGAUGGGACCAUUCCUGCGGAGAGCUAUGAGGGGAUAUCCAGACCGUCUACGCUUCCUCAACGACCGGCUUUGGUGGGCAAGAAUAGUGCUGAGAUGGCAGUGGUUGGGAAGGGGACUGGGUAUGGGGAGGGGAGAGAUAGGAUGUCGAGUGCGCCUGUGGCCUCUUCGAGUAGCGGUACUCAUCUUGCACCGAAGCCUAUGAAGAAAUCCUCGAGGAGUCCGAGUCCGGAAAAGAGACAUAUGUUACAUACCUUGAGAUCAUCAGAUAGGAUGGGAAGGAAACCAGUUCCCAAGCCACCCAGGAAUAAGGAUAAUCCGGUUACGAACAAGGCUGCUUCUUUGGCGUGGCAGUCGUUGGGGAGAAGGGAUCGACUGGGACGUAGUUUGGAUGCGGAACAGAGUGGUAGUUCUAAUUCGCUGGUGGAUUCGAGAAAGGAGAGCAUUUCGGAUCCUACGACGGGGCGACCUGGGUCGGGGAGUAAUGUGAGGUAUGACAGCAAAACGAGAACUUUGGUUCCUGAUAGGGAUGCGAAGAAUAUAAGUCCGACGGAAUCAGUUUCUGGAAAGAGGACAGGUCAUGAUUCUUCUCUUCGGCCGAGUGGAUAUCCGUUUCCACCAACAGCUUCAAGUCCAGCUUCUGCAUCGGCUAGAAAUACUUCUGGUUUUCAGGAAUUCCCGGAUUUUGAUUCUACGUCUCCUCUCGUUCCAGAUCCUUCACGCCAAAGAUUUUCACCUCCGCCACCUCAUAUAAACUCACCUGCAAAGCUUGAACCUUUGAAUUACCCCACUUACUUAAAGGAGUACCCUGAGACAUCAGCAAAGAAGAUCAAAGCAGCUCAAAAUGAAAUGCCAUCAAGGAGGAAACCGAAAGAAGCUCAAGAUGGCAAGAAGAAGCUUCCAAUAAAAGUCACAACCUCUUCAAGACAUCGAGACCGACAUCAGGAAAGAGAUGAAGCGAGACGACAGAAGAGAAGAUCAGCGCCGAAACCUGUUGAUGAGGAUGCAUCUUCUCAAAGCGUCGAUGAUAACACUGCUAGUAGCGAUAAUCAACCCCCUUCUAAUCGGAAGCUAAAGGCAAAAGAUGCACAAAAAGCUGCCCCUAUAGCAGCUGAUCUCAACACCCCAAGCUCCGACACCGAAUCCGAAACAGAAAAAGAUCAAGACCCCGUUAAAACCGCAUGGGACCUCAAAGUAGCAUCUCUUAUGAAGAACCUCCCCAAAGGCGUGGAUGAAAAAGCAGCCUCACAGAUCUUCAACGAGAUAGUUGUGCAUGGUGAUGAAGUCCACUGGGAUGACGUCGCGGGACUUGACAUAGCCAAGAACGCUCUGAAAGAAGCUGUCGUGUACCCAUUCUUACGUCCAGAUCUAUUCAUGGGCUUACGCGAGCCCGCAAGAGGAAUGCUUCUUUUUGGUCCUCCUGGUACGGGCAAGACAAUGUUAGCGAGAGCUGUAGCCACCGAGAGUCGCUCGACGUUCUUCUCCAUUUCCUCGAGCUCUCUCAUCUCGAAAUGGCUGGGUGAAAGCGAGAAACUUGUUCGGGCUCUCUUUGCGCUUGCGAAGGCACUAGCACCCAGUAUCAUCUUCGUGGAUGAAAUUGAUUCACUUCUCUCCUCUAGAGGGGAAGGGGAACAUGAAUCCACACGCAGGAUCAAAACAGAGUUCUUGAUUCAGUGGAGUGAUUUGCAAAGAGCGGCGGCGGGGAGAGAACAGAGUGAGAAAGAAAAGAGGGAGGGGGAUGCGAGUAGGGUGUUGGUUUUGGCGGCUACGAAUCUGCCGUGGGCUAUUGAUGAGGCAGCCCGACGACGGUUUGUUCGAAGACAGUAUAUUCCGCUACCGGAGGGAGGGACUAGAGGGAUACAGUUAAGGACCUUGUUGGGGCAUCAGAAACACAGUCUCGAAGAGGCCGACAUUGAGAAAUUAAUUUCCCUCACAAAUGGUACGUUUCUCUUCCUCUCUCCCCAAUCCCUCUACCUGAUCUCCUCUGCUUACUAAACACUUCCCCUAUAAUUAGGCUUCUCCGGCUCCGACAUCACCGCCCUCGCCAAAGACGCGGCCAUGGGUCCUCUACGCAGCUUGGGCGAGAAACUCCUGCAGAUGAGUAUGGAGGAGAUCCGACCCAUUGAGUUACGAGACUUUGAGGCGAGUUUGGGGAAUAUACGGGCCUCUGUUUCGAAAGAGGGGUUGAAACUUUUUGAGGAGUGGGCGAGGGAGUUUGGGGAGAGGGGGGGUUAG